UCUGCGUGUCAGUUUUACGCUGCUGUCUCGUGAAUGGGUCAAGACUAAACAAAUCGAAAGCGGUCUCGGUUUUAAACGGGUUGCCCCAUGUCCCUCCGUUCAUUCUGGACUGUCAGAUAACGGACCCGUCUCGAGCAGACAGACCAACAGCUCUCAAAUCUGGGGAUUUGAUCACUGAGUCCUUGGGCAUUGGAAGCGAACCAUUUCUGCUGAACCAGCUGUUUAGACCCAAAGAACAACUUCUGUAGAAAGUAGAUGAGCAACAGAGCUCGACGUGUUGCUGGUAGAGUCAUGACCCUGAGACCAGCCAAUGGCUACAGACAGCUGACCUUGACCUUUGGCCUGACCCUGACUCUUGGCCUGCUGCUGUGGCCAGUAGGAGAUGUCAGUGGUCAGGAUGGAGCGUCUCCUGCGCAGAUCCUUCAGGAGCUACUGACACGCUACGGAGACAACACCAGCAUCUCCGUUCCUCAGCUCCGAGCGCUCCUCGUGCACUUAAACGGAGGCCAGAGCGGAGACCAUGAUGCACAAACACAGCCCACCAAAACCAAUGCAUCUCAGUGCUUGGCUGCAGACACUCUGGCAGCGUAUGGGAUGAGCGAACAGUCCCGUAUAGAUGAACGAGGCCUGCAGGAAAUCUGCCCUACCAUGAUACAGCAGCUGGACACACAAGCGUGUAUGACCCAACAGGACCAAGAGGCAGAGACCAGCCCCAGACCCACUGAUGCUGAGGUGUGGGGUUACUCAGUUCUGAGUGUGACUCUGAUUAGUGCGUUCUCUUUGACUGCUGUUUUUGUGGUGCCCCUGAUGAGGACGCGGUUCAUGCGUUGGACACUCAUCUAUUUCAUCGCUCUGUCCGUCGGGACGCUGUUCUCCACCGCCAUCCUGCAGCUUCUGCCUGAGGCCUUCGGAUUCAACCCGAUGGAGGAUUAUUAUGUGCCUAAGUCUGCCGUCGUGUUUGGAGGAUUCUACCUGUUCUUCUUCACAGAGAAAGUCCUGAAGAUGAUCUUAAAGCCAAAGGACAGGGAAGGGCAUGGCCAUGGCCACAGUCACUUUCCCGCGGAGCGCUAUGCCAGCUCUAAUGGAGAUCUGGAGGAUGGUGUGAUGGAGAAACUGCAGAAUGGAGAGACUGGAGGAGCAUCUGUACCCAGAGCCGAGGCAGAUGUCGCAGGACUCAGAGAAGAUGACAAAAUUCUCAGCACUGGCCAGACAGUACAGGACUCUCAGAGCUCGGGUGGAUGUUAUUGGCUGAAGGGCAGGGGUUACUCUGACAUCGGGACUCUGGCGUGGAUGAUCACUCUGAGCGACGGUCUUCAUAAUUUCAUCGAUGGUUUGGCCAUCGGAGCCUCCUUCACUUCAUCUGUGUUUCAGGGCAUCAGUACUUCGGUGGCGAUUCUGUGUGAGGAGUUUCCUCACGAGCUGGGUGAUUUUGUAAUCCUGCUAAACGCUGGCAUGAGCAUCCAGCAAGCGCUCUUCUUUAACUUCCUGUCAGCGUGCUGCUGUUAUCUGGGCAUGGGCUUCGGCAUCCUGGCCGGGAACAACUUCUCUCCUAACUGGAUCUUUGCUCUGGCCGGAGGCAUGUUCCUCUACAUCGCGCUGGCUGAUAUGUUUCCGGAGAUGAAUGAGGUGAGUCGUGAGGAAGAGGAGGCCGGAGGAAGUGGCUCUCUGUUGACGUUUGCCAUCCAGAACGCAGGGCUGCUCACAGGGUUUGCCAUCAUGCUUGUGCUGACCAUCUACUCUGGACAGAUACAGCUGGGAUAACAGAGGACCUGCACACAGACAGUAUCUCGAACGCUGACUGGUACCCAGCUGGACUAGGUCAUGACAGUAAUGGGAUUGUUUUGGCCAUAGUUUGGGCUCCGAGUAAACCCUGGACUGUUAAAAUGAGGGCUGACCUGUGAACUCUGCUUAAGAUUCGUUUAAAAAUCUGACGUUCUUUUGCCUCGAAGCUUAAGACUUCCAUUUGAUUUUUAAUGUAUUUAAUUUUCAACAAAAAAGACUCUUUCCUUCAGAGACCGUGAGCUGGAUGGGAUGAAACUUGACUCGUUUUACUGACGCUUACAUUUUUUAAAUGUAUGUUUUUUCUAUGCUUCAUACCAAAUGUUUGUUUAUUCAAAACAAAAACAUUAUAAAACCCCAAAAAACAUAGAUAUAGAGUAGUUGUUCCGCCCUUAUAUUUCUACUAAACUGAACGUUAUAUAGGUCACUUUAAUCAAAGGUUACUGUGCACUGUUGUGUAACUAGAGUUUAGUUUGGACACAAAGCGAUGUCUGUUCACUAAUAUAUCCCUGUUUGAUUUCCCCCCUCAAUGCCAUUCCAUAACAGCAAGUGAAACACUAAAGCACUCAGUGUUUAUUUUUUAUGUCAAGCAGAGACCAAGGUUCUUCCAGAAAAUAUUCCUUUAACUUGUUCAUAUGUCCACAAUAAGUGGUGCAUGCUUUUAAAUCAUUGCUUUUUGCUUUUAAUUAUGAUAGUUGCUCUUAUAAUCAUAAAACACCUAUUUUCCACAUCCUUUCGUCUGAUCUGAAUGCACAUUUCACAUUAGGAAAUGUGUGUAAAUGCAUUGUAGUGAUUUAUAUACAAUAAUCCGAUCAUUCCUUACAACUUUCCUUUAUAAUUAAUUGCACCACAGCACAAUUCUUAGAGCUCUUUGCUAAUGAAGCAUCUGGACUGACAGAAAUCAUUUUGAAUAUUAGUGGAUUUUAAGUCGAAGUGUGUAAUUGCUCCAGCGCUAGUUAAAUCAAACUAGCAAAUGAUUUCCUAAUCGUUGCGAAAUAUUUGCAUAUUUAAAAUAGAGUUUUCAAAUCCACAGUGUUUAAACGUUUAGGAACAAAGACUUGCUUGUAACAUUAUAACGGCAUAUUAACACAUAAUAUAAUUUUAUUCACACUUCUGCUUUCUAAACACGGCUUUAAUAUUAGAAGUGAACUUUAGAAGUCCUAGUAAAGGUACGUAUAAUUACAUUUCUAUGCAGCAGCAUAUGAUUUUAGUAAUGAGAUUAUUCAGUAAUUGAUCCGCGUUUGCUCACUUGCUAUCACUUUUGUCUUCCACAUAAAAUAAAUUUCCCUUUAUGCUUUCAUUUCUUAAUAUUCAUGCUAGUAAUAUAGUCGUAACAGUAUGCUGUUGAGCAAAUAAAUACAAGAUGUUUCUGUUCUUCACAUGAAAGGUCAUUUCAGCUCUGUAUGAACUGAACCUGAUGUGUUCUUGUCAACAGAUCUGAUUGUACAGUAACUUCAUUUCAGGGCCAUAUUUGUUCGUUUAGACUAUCAGCGUUGUUUUUUCAUAUAUAAUUCCCCUUUGUUUAAGUAAAUGUAGUUGCAUUCAGCUUUGUGCACAACGGCUAUGCAUCGACAGUCCUCUGAGUUUAUGCCUUAAAGAGAGGUGGUCUAAACACAAAGUUGUAAGUUUUUGUACCUCGUUUUAAAGUUUAGUAAUAUUUAAAAACUAUUUUGUAGUGUAGAAUGUGUGUGAAUGUCUGUUUGUGAUUUUUUUUAAGUCAUUGAUUUAUGUAUUUUGAAACCAGUCAUUCAUUGUAUUUAAAUGAUGGUGAGUAAAUCAACAUCUCCUUGUUUUUGUUUUGAAAACGCAUUAUUUUAAUUACUGUAAACAUCUCAAGUGUUGUGUGAGUCGUAUGCAACAUGUGAAACCUGAUUGCUGGUGCAACGGUUUUGUUUUUCUUUAGAAAUGUUAAGCCAUGAGCUUUAAGUUCAUCUUUUUGUGCAAUAAAAAAGAUAAAAAAUUAAAAACAUGAAACAAUCUGA